CACUGCUGCUGUUUACCAGGGAGGGGGUGAUAUUUUAAACCUGGGAGAGCUUACAUAUUUACCCCACUGCGCCUGACUGACCUUGCCAUUUGGUCUUGUGAAGAAGCUGAAGACCACUAACAGCAGCGAGAAGAGACAGAAAAGCCUUUCGUUAUCAUUCGAUAAGCUGCUUGCAGCUCUUCCAGAUAGAAAACACACCAGGGACACAAAAGAAGAGAAUCCUAAUACAAGGAGAGGUAGGAGGAGGAUUUAGGAUAAGGGCAGAAGUCGAAGGGACGACUCCCGUCGGAGGUGAGAGGCAGGCCAGGCUGAGCUGACUUUUCCACCAGAGGAGGAGUUGCAGUUGCCGGCCAGGGCAGGUCCCCGGUGCUGGCAGGGCUGGCCCUACUGCUUCUCCACCUCCAUUCCUUUCUCCUCUUUUACUCCUCCUCCUCCUCUUCCCUCCAACCAUCAGCCAAACUGCUGUGCAGUGAUGGACUUACAAGCACAGCUUAUGAGCAACAAAGCAAAGCUUACAAAGUCCUGACAAAUGAUCUUUUCUGCCUCCAGUGAAGGAUACCCUAGAGGUGGAGCCUUCAGGACAAGGACGUCCACUGCUGCGCAGACUUUCACCCUUCGGCUUCUUCUCAGUUUUUGUUGCACUCACUGGUUGAGUGCACUGAGAGACUGAAGGGACUUUUUUAUACAUCUUGUUUUUCUUUUAUUUUGUGUUUGUAAACCGGAACAGUGGCAACGUUUUCAGUAGCACGGUGCAAGGACCAGCUCCACUCACCCAAGAUGAGCCGCUGGCUGAAAUGCACCUCCAUGCACUUUAACACAGACUGGAACAAGUAUGAUGAUCGGCUGAUGAAGGCAGUGGAACGUGGUGAAGUGGACAAAGCUUCUGCUGUUAUCAGCAAGAAGGGUGUCAUUCCCACCAAGCUCGAUGUGGAGGGACGCUCUGCGUUUCAUUUGGCAGCAUCACGAGGACAGCUUGACUGUCUUAAUGUCAUCCUGGGACACAAUGUUGACAUCACCGCUAGUGAUGCUGCAGGUAAAAAUGCUCUUCACUUGGCUGCUAGGAACGGACAUUCUCAGUGUGUGCAGAAGCUCCUGCAGCAUAACUGUCCAGUUGGAAACGUGGACCUACAAGGACGGACCGCUCUACAUGAUGCUGUGUUAGCGGGCUGCUCCUCCAGUGUCAAGCUUCUUUGUGACAGUGGGGCUCCUGUGAAUGCCAGUGACUUUGAUGGCAGGACACCUCUCAUCCUGGCUACCCAGAUAUGUCACCCUCAGAUUUGCCAGCUGCUGCUAGAGCGAGGAGCCGAUACUACUGUCAGAGACAAACAGAACAAGACUCCGCUGAUGCUGGGCUGUGAGUUUGGCUGCAACGAUUCAGUGGAGGUGUUGCUGAAGACAGGUGUUGAUGUGAAAGCUGUCGACAAUUUGGGCCACGACGCUUUUUACUAUGCUCGCCUCAGCAAUAAGCCAGAGCUCGUUGCGAUGGUCAAAAGUUACUUGGAAAAGGCCACAAGAGAAAAAGAGGCUGCAAAGGUGGACCAUUGGAAGCGACAGCUGUCAGUGGAGAGAUCAAAGACAGCUGAGUCAAACAGAAAGGAUCAAGUCAUACAGGAACUUGAAAGAUCAAAUGAGACUCUUCAGGAGAAUCUUAGGAAACACCACCAGGAGCAGAAACUCCUGAUGGAAAAAUACAACCUGCUGCAGCAGCAACUCACACAGGAGAAAACAGCUGUGGGAGACGCUCUAAAAGAGAAGGAGCAGUUGAAGGUGUUACUUAGUGCCAAAGAAAAAGAGGAAGGAGCUCGAGGAUUAGAAACGGUCAAAGUCCAACAUCGCAGUACCAUGGGGGAUUACUCAGGGCAGUCUGUCAUCAAGGGAAAAGAAAACAUUUUAGUAAAACAAGCUCACAGUCUGGAAUCUGACCAGCUGCUCCAGAAUGCCGUCGUGUCCAGACGCCUCCUAAGGAGUCCCACCAAAGCAGACGGGGAUGUCUUUGGGGAGGUGGAGGCACUCCACUGUGAACUCGAAGUUGUCAAGAGAAGGCAGCAGGCAGCAGAAGAAGACACGGCCCGGCUUCAGGCCGCACUAACCCGCAAAACCCGCGAGUGCCAGGAGCUGGUGGAAAGCCGAGACAGCAUCCAGAAGCAGGCCGACCGUCAGGUUCAAGAGCUGGAGGACGCCCUGGGAGACGUCCAGAAGAGGAUGCUGGACUCUGAGUGUAAAGUCAAACAGCUGCAGGCUCAUGUGGUCGCUGUGAAGGAGCACCUAGACGGCCAGGCUUCUGAGGAAGUGCGUGUACAGCUUCUGGAUGUGAAGUCCAAAUAUGAAGGUGCGUCAGCCGAAGUGGGCCGCGUUCGGAACCGCCUCAAACAGAGCGAGAAGGCGUUGGAGGAGUACAAGAGUAGCGAGAGCCAGCUGGCAGCAGAGAACGAACGGCUGAACCAGGAGCUGGAAGCUCUCACUGCUGAACGAGACGUGUUCGCUCAAGCUCUCGUCAAGAUGGAGGCCCAGGUGAAGGAAUCCCAGACCAAACAAGUCAACACGGUAUCAGCUGAGAAGUUCGACAACAUGAAGAACCUGCUGACCAACGCAGUCGAUGAGAAGGAACGGCAGCUCGCCGAGUUGAGGGAAGACUACGACCGUGUGCUGGAGGAGGUAGCAGAUCUCCAUCGGAAACUCGACAGCCCGUCAGUCCCAUCGGGGGCUGUGUCUGCAGAUGAGCACUCAAGGAUCGUGGCUGCUCUGGAAGAACAAAACACCUCUCUGAAAAGGAAGCUGAUGGAUGUGACCACCAAGAGCCAGGAUCUGAUUCAAGAUCUGGAGGAGAGUGAAGAUGAGAGGGAUGUGCUGCGCGAGCAGCUGGACGAGCUCAACAGCAGGAUGGAGAAGGAUUACAUACCUAUGAAACAUCACGAGGAGAUGCGGAAGAACAUGGUGACGGCUUUAGAGGAGCUAGAGGACAAACUGGUGGAAGCCAGUGAACGUUAUGGAAAGGCAGAAGCACAAGUCCAGCAGAUCCAGACUGAGAGGACCACAUUACUGGAGACUAUCAACAAUUUCAAAGACACCAGUAAGACACAUCAGAGAGAGGUGGACACACUGAAGACCCAGAACACAGAACUGACAAAGACGCUUGAUCUUCUACAGAAGAGAUGUGAAGACGGAGAUAAAGAACGUGAGCAGCUUAUGGUGCAGAACCAGAGUCUGAGACAGAGUGUGAAGGAGCAGUUUGUUCCCAAACAGCAGCACGAGCAGGUGAAGGUGGAGCUGAGCUCCACCAUAGAACGUAUGAAGGCAGAGAUGGUGAAGAUGGAAACCAGGGAAAAAGAAAGUAGCGAGGAGCUGAAGAACGUGAGAGAAGAAAAGGGGAAGUUGAAAGAGCAGCUGGAGAAGGUGAUGUUGGAGAUGAAAACGGAGUUUCUAAGUGUGGGACAGCACAGAUCGGUCACAGACAGGCUAAACGCUGCCGUGGUUGAGGCGGAGAACCGAGCCGAUGAAGCUUCAGCGAUGCACGCGCUGGCCCUGGAGGAAACAGCGAAGCUCGCUCUAGAGCUGGAGGCCCAGAAGAAAGAACUCGAUACCAUCCAGGAGGCCAUCCAGUCCAAGUUUGUUCCUCUGACAGCUGCUAAGGAGAAGGAAACGUCUCACAGUGUCCAAGUGAAGGAGCUGACAGAGAAGCUGUUGGAGAUGGAAGAAAAGUAUAACAAAGAGAGAUGUGCCAGGGAGAGCUUCAGACAGCAGAAAGAGAAACUUCAGGCUGAUGUGGAGUCUGUUCAGCAGAAGCUGGACUCUGUUCUGGUCACCAGUGAGAAACACAAUAAAGUGGAGGAAGAGUUUAAGUCUAAAUAUGAUGUUCUGACCCAGAAGAUGGUCAGCUUAGAACAAGAACUCCAGCAGGUGACGCUUCAGAAAACUGGACUGGAAGAGGAGAAUGCUCUCCAUAAGACUCAGAUCCAAAGUCUGCAGGAACGUCUGAAAUCAGAGCUGACCAGGAUAGCAACUUACGACUCCGAGCUGAAAACGCUCCAUGACAUCAUGCAGCAGGCUCAGGCCGACUGCAAGAAAGCUAGGGAGGCUCAGCAGGAGGAGGCCCAGAGAGCCUGUGUCCUCCAGAGCGAGCUUCAGGAGCUCAACAAGGAUCGGUCUUCUCUCCUGCAACAACACACCAAGACCAAAGACGCCCUGGAGGCAGAGGUCGCCAAACUUCAGAUGUCUCUCCGUGAAGAGGAGGAGAACAAUGCUCAGAGGGCCGAGGACGUGUUCGCUCUGCAGUCCGAGCUGCUUCAGGCCACACAAGCUCUGGAGGAGAUCCGCCACAAGGAAGACCAAAUGAACCGUCUGAACAAGGAGAAGCAGCAGCAGCUGGAGGAGGAGGCCACCAGCCUGAGCAGCAAACUACAGUGCUUAGCCCAGGAGUGUGAGGAGGCCCAUCUGGAGGCACGGCGAGCCAGAGAGGGCGAGGAAAGAGCCAGGGCCGAGGUGGAUGCCGUCCAGGAGAAGGGAAGGGCCGUGGAGAGGGAGAUCAGGGAGCUAAAGGAGAGGUACGAUGAGUCGCUCAGCACCAUCUGUGAUCUGCAGAAGAGGGUUCAGAUGUCCGCUCAGCAGACUGAAGCCAAAGACAAAAAGAUCACAGAGCUGCUGACAGACGUGGAGCGGCUGAAGCAGGCGCUGAACGGUCUGUCUCAGCUGGCUUACACCAGCAACACCAACAAGAGGCACCUGCAGCAGAUCGAUGCUCUCCAAGCCCAGAUCAAGAGCCUACAGCAGCAGCUGGCUGUGAGUGAGGAUGCUGAGAGGCAGCACCGAGACGUGGUUUCAAUCUACCGAACUCAUCUACUGAGUGCAGCACAGGGUCACAUGGAUGCAGACGUCCAGGCCGCCUUGCUACAAAUCAUCCGCAUGAGACAGGAGUUCCUGUGUUAGAGCUGCAAACACACCUGCUGUCACGUCCCCCGCCCCUCUGAAGUACCAUCCAUCUGGCCCCUGAGACUGCCCUGCGUGUGUGUGUGUGUGUGUGUGUGUGUGUGUGUGUGUGUGUGUGUGUGUGUGUGUGUGUGUGUGUGUGUGUGUGUGUGUGUGUGUGUGUGUGUGUGUGUGUGUGUGUGUGUGUGUGUGUGUGUGUGUGUGUGUGUGUGUGUGAGAGAGAGAGAGAGAGAGAACACAUUUCUGAAAUCCUUUUUUUAGCAUUACUUUGAGUCUGAUAUCUGCAGCUUCGUAUAAAGGAGCUUCAUCAAACUCCAAACACUGAAAAUAUUUUCAUUCAAUAACAGUUUGUGUGAAUGAUCUGUUUUUGACAGCCUCUUCAGUAAUGUGAUUGUCAUCUGAAGUGUGUGUUUCUGCUGUGAGUGACUCGUCCUGCUCAGCUAAACCAAACUGGACACGAACACAAAGACCACUUUUCACAUUCCCACCCGACAGGCACCGUCCAUCCACAAUGUUUUCACAUUGAACUGCAAAGCUGCUGAAAGUGAGAGGACAGGUUCAUAUUUUACCAACGAGGCUGUAGGGGUUAGAGAACCUUUAAUUACUCCUCUAAAUGCUGUUAUAAUCCGGCAGGGUUAGAAAAAAUAGGUUAUUUCUACAGAUUAAAGAUGUUGGGAUUUUAUAAGCAUUUACACUGCUGUCGUUCUUCUGGUUUAUGGUUGCUGACAUACUGUUGAAUGGAUAUUUGGAGCAGAAACUAGCAGAAGAGCUAGCUCUCUGUAGCAAUUUUAUUCAUUUUCUGACAGAAUACGUGUAAUUCAAAAUGAACGGUGGUGUAGAAGUUUUCAAAUGUCAGAAAUAAUGUCAGAUAUUAAUAUUUAAACAAUAUUUUUGUAAGUAUUUCCUCCAAAGAGCUUGGAGACAUUGGCAGAAAAACAUAGUUGGACGUUUAGUUUUCUCACAUUUGUAUAAACGAGAAAAACUAAUUUUACUUUGAACUUUUCCCUUUUGUGUUUCCUUGCUGGGCUGCAGGGGAACGUGGGAAUGUGCUGUAACUAGAAUUGCUGUGAAAUCACUAAAACUUGAGUUUGUUUUAGCUGUAGGAUUAAUAUUUGUUCUAUCAGUCACUAUAAAAAUAGAAUGAAGAAUAAAAAUAUCACUUCAAAUAUGAAUCUGUCCUUUAACCCUGUCCAUGCCAGGUAAACUGAGUCUGACUAGUUUAGUGGCCCGCUGUUGCCCUCUGGAGGUCCAAACACGUCCUGAGGUCGAGCUAACAAUUUUGUACCUGCCAUCUUUGAAGAUGGCCGACAGUUGCAGGUAGUUUUGUCGUUGAUUUCCCUCUCAGUCAGAGUACAUGCAGGGUUUGAGGUAGUUGUUUCCUAAAGUUUGCAGUGAAACAUUGUCUUUUUAAUCAGAGUGCCCUCUAGUGGUGAGACUUGGCUGGCCAAGUGAAUAGAAAUGUGAACCAUUGCAGCUCAGGGGUUGUCACUUGUCUUGGGAGCUGUCAACACUACAUCAUUUUAAUUUAAAGAAUACGAUCCGGCAUACUAAACUAACUAGUGAAUUGUUUGGUCUGAUUUCCGUAUCUGCUGACAACCUCAUUAAAAUGGGAGUGGCUGUGAACUUGGCGGCUUUCUGCGUGUGUUCUCCUGAGCUGCUCUGUGUGACUCCUGAGGGUGUAGUGCUGUAGUUGUGAUUGUGGAGCGAGUCUCUUGUGCCUUUACACUGAUAUAUUUUUCAUAGAUUGUACUUUAACUAGUAACAACAGUGUGACAAAUCUGAUGUUCAGCAGGUCUGGAAGUAGAGCAGCACCAAGCGUGCUCAGAGUAACGUUUACCAGAGGAUGACUCUUGUUAGGACCUAAAGAGGUGCGUUUAUUGCUGUAGAUAUACUGUCCUCUUGAUCAUUAGUUGUCUGAAACACUCCCAUCACAGCUAACGCUCUUUUCAGCUCCAAAAGCUUAGAUUUCCAUUUCCAUUCUCUUGGAUUUUAUUCCAAUAUAUCUGAAUAAUUAAUGUUUUCAUUCAAACAUUAAAAGACCAGAAACUGACUCUGUUUAGAUCUCUAUAAAGAUCUGUUCUGUUUAACCGGCGUGUUAAAAUUGGAAGUUUUCUUUGGUAACAAUAUUUGUCGAUCAGUCAUUCAAACCCAUUAAAGUGCCUAACAUAGAAAACUACAA